AGCUGCAGUUUUGCAAGCAAGCAACAUAGAUAUAAUUAUGGGACGUGGGAAGAUAGCGAUCAAGAGGAUAGAGAACCAGACGACUCGACAGGUGACGUUCUCGAAGCGAAGAGCCGGACUUUUGAAGAAGACGCACGAGCUUUCUGUGCUUUGCGAUGCUCAGAUCGGCCUCAUCAUCUUCUCCACCACCGGCAAGAUGUGCCAGUACUGCAGUGAGCCGUACAGAAUGGAGCAAAUCAUUGAUAGGUAUCUGAAGGUUACUGGAGCUACCAUUCCUGAGCAUGACAAUCGGGAGCAUUUGUACAAUGAAUUAGCAGUGUUAAGGAAAGAAACCCGUCGGCUUCAACUGAGCAUGCGGCGCUACACCGGGGAGGACAUGAGCUCGAUACCGUUCGAAGAGCUCGAACAACUCGAAAAUGAACUCGAACGAUCCGCCAUCAAGGUCCGACAGCGAAAGAAUGAACUUUUGCAGCAACAACUUGAUAAUCUGCGUAGAAAGGAGAGAAUACUAGAGGAAGAAAACAGCAAUAUGUACCGAUGGAUUCAAGAACACCAAGCGACGAUCGAGUAUCAACACGGAGGAAUGGAAGCCAAGGCGGUGGAGCAUCAGCAAGUUCUCGGGCAAUUCCCUUUCUAUGAUGAACCCAGUAGUGUGCUUCAGCUCUCAACCAUUAGUCCUCAACAGUUCCAUUCCUAUCAGCUUCAGCUUUCUCAGCCCAACCUUCAAGAUUCAAAUGUCUAGCAUUCGCCAUUGAAGCUAUAUGAUUUUCUGAGAAUGAUGAAAUCAGCAUUGUUGGGAUCAAAUCUUGUGCUCAAAUAUCUAUU